CCGCCCCUCCGCACGCGCACACUCGCGGGAGCGCGCGCGCACACGCGACGACUCUCGGCCCCGUGCCUCGCGCUCCUCUUGUUCCCCCCAUUUAACCAUUAGUAUUGUUGUUAUUAUUAUAGUUAGAACAUCGUCGUUGUUAUCUUUAAUGUCAUUUUUUUCUUUCUUCCAGGGGUAGGUUUUUUUUCCCAAAAAAAAGUUUGCAUCGAUUCGGGGUCAAAAUUAUGUUUUCGUGAAGGAGGUGAGGGGGAGGUGAAAAAUAAUGUUUUAUUUACGUUAUUCUUUUCCGCUAGCGCCGCUCGCCGCCUCCUCCGCCGCCGUAUAAAUGCCCUGCCGCCCGUAGAGCGCUGCUCAUCGGUGGCGUUAAUGCCACGACGAGUGGUCCAGUGCCUCGUUAGUUUUAAUUAAUGCGUUCUGACUGCUGCUGCUGCUGCGUUCUAACUAACUAACUAGCGCUUCACCGUGCGAGUGAGCGAGCGAUAGCAACACGGCCGAAAGCCCUCGCGGUCCUUUUUUUACAUUUAGCCGCAACCAUUUGUGUUGGGUUACUCCGCGGUACGGCAACUGCUUUAUAUGCUACAAUUUGCACGAGGUUUUUUUUGUUAGUAGCUUCGUUUAUUUUGCAUUGUAGCUUAUGGUCGCUUAUAAGCCGCCCCGGGGUUCGUGUACGUGGGGCCUGGGGGCCCCGAACAGCCGGGGGUGGUUCGGGUUCGAAUCCGGGCAAAGGUUAUCGGGGUUACUACGAGUUACUCAGAAUUAAGAGUAAGGUUAACUUCAGGUUGGAGUCUUGGUAAGGUUAACAUUCCUUGCAAAGAUAACAUCUUAACUAUUUAGUUUGGAUAAAGGUGAUUUGUAUAACGGUUGUAGAUAGAUUACCUGCUAAUGUUUUGGUAAGAAGGGUUAAGAAGUCGGGGCUAAGAGGUAAAAAGUCACGGCGUGGAGCUGAACUGCGGCGGUAGUCGGCUUCGAGGGUUGGUGCCGGGUUUCUGGAGUUGCAAACGGGUUAGGGGUAUUAGAAUCGGCAUAAGAAUUAGUACCGAGGCAGAUACGGGUCAGCUUAAGGGAUUGUAAUCAGGGCUAGAAGUGAGUGGUGUCCGAGCUUGGGACAAGGGGCGGUCAGCUCUGUACCCCUCGAGGCCCCCGGGAAGGCAGGCGGCGGAGGGGGGGUGGUGGUGCUGCUGCUGUCGCUCUGCUGUCUCCGCCGCCGCCGGGGGCGGUGGGAGUUCGAGGCAGCUUGGAGGGGAGGAGCGGGGGUGGUGCGACCCAGACGCUCGUCGCCAUUCGUCGGGGCCCCGGAGGUCUGGAUGGUGCCCCAUGCCCGCGGGCCCCGCCGCCCUGCCCCCGCCGGGCCGCGGUCGCGCCGCCGCCGCCGCUAGGGCCGCCCGCCCGCCCGGCCUCCCCGACCUCCCCGGCCCCCCCGGCCUCGCCUCCUCGCAUGUUCCGCUCCCGGCGCUCGGGCCUCGUCCGGCGACUGUGGCGCGGCCGAGCCGCCGCAGCCUCCGCCGCCGUCUCGUCCUCCCCGUCGUCUCCUCCGUCCCUAUUGCUGUCGUCGUUGGCGUCGAGCAUGAGGUGCGAGGAGGCGACCGAGACGCGGAGGCGCCGUGGGCGCGGAGACGAAGAGGAGGACGACGACGAGGAGGAGGAGGACGGCGGAGGGGGGGCAGAAGGAAGGGACGGCGCCGCUUGCGCUGCCUACAAAGCGCUCACGCACGCCCUGCUCAAGCGCCUCAAGGAGAAGCAGCUGGAGGCGCUGCUGCAGGCCGUGGAGAGCCGCGGCGGGGCCCGCACGGCCUGCGUGCUCGUCCCGAUCGAGGGUCCGGCCUCCCGCUCUUCGCCCCGCCUCGGAGGACCCUCGGUCCCGGAGGCCGACUGCGGUCUCUCGCCGCCGCCGCUGUCGCCGCACGUGUUGCUCUGCCGGCUGUUCCGCUGGCCCGAGGUGCGGCACUCGGCCGAGUUGAAGAGGCUGAGCGUGUGCGGACAGCAUGGCCGCGCCGAGGGCGACUCGGUGUGCUGCAACCCCUACCACCUGAGCAGGCUGUGCGGGCCAGAAUCACCCCCACCUCCCUACUCACGCUUCCCUAUGGUGGAGCAGAGUAAAUCUGCGGAUCUCUCUGAAUCGACAACUUCAUCUACAGAAACAGGAGCUUCACAAAGUCCACCGCAGUUUUCUGACCAGAGCCUGUCACCAGAUGCCAUGAAGCAGCCCUGCUGGUGCCACGUAGCGUACUGGGAACACCGCUCUCGAGUCGGGCGCCUGUACCCUGUGGGCGACGCUUCAGUGGCUGUCUUCUACGACCUGCCCCACGGUGACGGGCUCUGCCUAAGCCAACUGACGGCGAGCCACGGCAACCGGGCUGGUGGAAUUGCUGGCAGCGGUGGUGGCAUCAGCGAGUCGACAAGCCGCACCAGGGCCAAGAUUGGCUACGGGUUGCUGCUCAGCCGGGAGGCAGACGGUGUGUGGUGCUACAACCGCAGCCAGCAUCCACUCUUCGUCAAUUCACCCACGCUGGAUGGGCUUGGUGCACGCAAUCCCGUUGUGCGCAAGGUUCCUCCCGGCUAUUCCCUGCGGGCUUUCGACUUCCAGCAAUCGAUGCUGCUGCAGGAGCAUCAGGCACGUCACGAGAAUGGACCCUACGAUCCCAACAGCAUACGUAUCAGCUUUGCCAAGGGCUGGGGACCUUGCUACUCCCGUCAAUUCAUCACGUCCUGCCCCUGUUGGCUUGAAAUAUUGCUGAGCGUGCGCUGAAGCAUGGUGGUGCAGACUACGGAAAUUGUGGAUUGAGGUUGGAUCGUAGUGUCUUGAGGUCCAGUUGUCUGGAGAAGAAUAUUUUUUGGCUGACCGUCAGGCUGAAGUUGGCCAGGUUCUACGCGGAGUCUCGACAGAAGUGCUGGUUUUUUACUGUGAUUGAAUUAGCACACCACACUGAAACCCUUCGUGCAAAGGUGUUCUCCUGUUGCUGUUCAACAUAGACCUGUGCGCGAUCAGAGAAACGCAAUGUUUUAAAAAUGAAUGGGUUUAAAAAAAACUAAUGCAGUAGUUUUGAAGAUGUUGCUUCCAUCGCUUAUUAAAGGUGCCAGGUGUUCACUAGCAAUCACUAAAUAAACCACUCCUGCCAGUGUGUAUGUAAUAUUAACAUUUCAUUUUAUGAAGAAACCCUUGAGAGGCUUAGGCUAGAGCCUAGAAGGAUAAUCAAGUUACUGUAAAGUAGCAGUAUCAGAGGUGUACUCCAAGAAGAAUAUCUUCCUGUAUAAAAAAAACAAGUCUUCUCAGCACAUAAAAAGUACAGCUUAAGUGACUAUUUCAAAGACUUGUUUAGUACGUUAUUUUUUUUAACUUGUUAUUGUGAUGAAGGAAUUUAGAAAUCUGGGGAGCCAGGUUGUGAAAUGAACUAUUCUUAGAUAAGUGUGUGUUGUAAAAUGCAGUGUUAGGGCAUAUACCACACAAAACUAAUAUGUAUAGUCUGUAUUCUGGCACAGUUUUAUAAAGGCAGCAUAUGCAUUACAAUACAGGAAUUGUGGAGAGUUUUGGAUAAGUGCUCGAUUAUGAUUUGCAAACUUCAUGUUGACGUAAUGGCUGUUUGCGUCUGUGUAUUAUUCCAUUUGUAUGCAAGUGGAAAGGGAGAAGCCAGCACCGAAAACGUAAGAACAUCCAUGCUGGAUGCUUUCAUUAAUGAGACUCGUUCCUGGAAAAUGAAUUGAAAGUGCAGGAGCAGCAAGAAGAAUCAGUGUUGUGGGGACACGAUGCAUUAUGACAAUCUCAUUUGUACUGCUUCUCCACACAAAGGAUUGGACUUUGCUUUAUUUCAUAAAGAAUGGUUUUGUAAUUUUAAGGUUAUGUACACACACAUGCACUUGCAUGUGUGUAUAGAAAUAAAUAACCACAAGGACAUGAACUCUUUAACCAUUAAACAUUUCUUUGUCCCAUAAGAGAAUCGACUGUUGCGAAGGCACAUCAACACAGAUUUAAUAUAAAUAUUUUAUAUAAUAAAGUAUAUAUAAAUGUUACAUAUGGAAAUAUAAUAUGACGAUGCUUGUAAAUACGGACUCAUUUGUACGGUUUAUUAUUUAUGUAUAGCCACAGAUCUUGUAUGGACAGUGACGAGAUGCACUUUGUUCACACAGUAUGUAAAUCGGCUUUAGAGAGCAAGAUGAAAGCUUUUACUGCAGACAAGAUUUUUUAAGAGGCUAUUUUUGCAGGGUGAACAAGCCAGUAACACCCUGGUGUGUGUUAACCCAUUCUUUGCGAUACAAAUCAUCGAUGUUUAUUUGGAUAAAUAAAUUAUGCUAAACAGCAUUAUUCUUCUUA